UAAUGUAAACCUAACCUAACCUAUCACCUUAAGUAUUACUGCCCCCCAGUUGCAGGUGACGUCCCAAAAAACACACAACAAACUAUACAACACAAAUGGCUCCUAGCCUGGCCCAUGCAUACUUUCUGUCCAUAACACUAAAACUGAAACUAAAUAAAAUAAACGAAAUCAAAAUAUUUUUAUACAACUAGCAAAUCAGGUGUGAAAAUUGAAACUAAACUGAAUUUCAAAUAAAUCGGAAAACUAAUAGAUAUAAAAACACAAAACUAUAAUAACCUUGAGCCUAACUCUUAUGUCCUAGUAAAUUAUGACUUUAUCUUCUGAUUAUGUUACAUAUUCGUCUUUUUAAGGGAUGUUCUUUGCCUUUUCGCUAAGAUGACACACACACAGAGAGAGGGCAAGGAGACUUUGCGUAGAAGGGCAAGUACUCCUAUCCCUGCCUCUCAUCAGCCGGGGACGAGAGGCAGAGACCCGCCAGCCGACCCCCAUCACCCUCCGCUCGGCCAGUCCGCCUCAUACCAUCCCGGAGACAAGUCUCUCCACUGCCGCGCCAACUGGUCUUCUGAUGACUCGGAUAAUGACUCAGAUGGCUCGGGAGCAGAUUGUUUGUACCGCGUUGUUUUGCUAGGAGACCACGGUGUUGGAAAGUCGAGUCUUGCCAAUAUCUUUGCUGGCAUACAGGAGAAGGAUGCUCACGACCAUACAGGAGAGGAAACCUAUGAGAAAACCAUGACUGUAGAUGGGGAGGAGACUACCCUCAUCGUCAUGGACAGCUGGGAGAACGAGAAACAGGAGGAGGAUGAGGAAUGGGUCCAGGACUACUGUAUGCAGGUGGGCAACGCCUACGUCAUAGUUUACUCCAUCACAGACCGUACCAGCUUCGAGAGUGCCUCUGAGUUACGCAUCCAGCUGCGGCGCAUACGGCAAGCCGAGAACAUUCCCAUCAUCCUCGUGGGCAACAAAAGUGACCUGGUCCGUUCCAGAGAAGUGGCUGUAGAAGAGGGCCGUGCAUGUGCCGUGGUGUUCGACUGCAAGUUCAUCGAGACAUCUGCUUCGCUCCACCACAACGUCCACGAGCUCUUCGAGGGCAUCGUCCGGCAGAUCCGCCUGCGGCGAGACAGCAAGGAGACCAACGAACGCCGGCGCUCCGUCUACAAGCGCAAGGAGAGCCUCACCAAGAAGGCCCGCCGCUUCCUCGACCGCCUGGUUGCCAAGAACAACAAGAAGAUGGCGCUGAAGGUUCGCUCCAAGUCCUGCCACGACCUGGCCGUCCUGUAAUGGUUGCUGUGUGGCCAAGUGGUUCACGCAGACUCAAACUCUCCUCUUUGCCCUAACACUGUGUUUUUCGGGCGGCCAUCUUGUGGGUCAAAUCCGGAAACCAACUAAUGGCUGUAUUGUACUGUCUAGAGAGACUAAUUAUAUGCUCCAACCCCCUAGUGGUAAAGGGGAAGGACGUUGUUUGUUAUUUUCUAUUUAUUUCAGCCAUUCAAAGCAAUUGGGUUGAGAAAAUGUGAGGCAAUUGAGACUUUUUUUUGUUGCUAUAUCACAGAUUCACUGAGAAUUAGUUUGCUAAACAGACAGCUUAUCAACUGUUUGUCUUACAUCUACACUAUCAGUCAAAUGUUUGGACACACCUUCUCAUUCAAGGGUUUU